ACGUUAGCCGCUGGUAUCUGUUGUUUUUUGUGUUUUUUUUUUUUCUUAGCAGUGCUGCUAAAAAUACAACUUGAGCCAAGUGCUGAUCUUGAGUUGUCAAUAUGGGUGAAAGAAAAGGAACAAACAAAUACUACCCUCCGGAUUUCGAUCCAGCCAAGCAUGGAUCCCUCAAUGGGUAUCACAAAACUCACGCCCUUCGCGAGAGGGCAAGGAAGCUUUCCCAGGGCAUCCUCAUUAUCAGGUUUGAAAUGCCCUAUAACAUCUGGUGUGAUGGCUGCAAGAAUCACAUUGGCAUGGGGGUUCGUUACAAUGCUGAGAAGAAAAAAGUGGGGAACUACUACACCACGCCAAUCUAUAGGUUUAGGAUGAAGUGUCACCUGUGUGUCAACUACAUUGAGAUGCAGACGGAUCCUGCGACUUGUGACUAUGUGAUAGUAAGUGGAGCACGCAGGAAGGAGGAGCGCUGGGACAUGGCUGAAAAUGAGCAGAUCCUGACCACAGAACGGGAAGAGAAAGAAAAGCUGGAGACGGAUGCCAUGUACAAACUGGACCAUGGCGGGAAAGACAAAGAGAAGCUCACCAAGGCUCUCCCCUCUCUGUCUGAAAUCCAAGACUAUCAGGCGGGUUGGAAGGAUGAUUUUCAGCUCAACAGCGCCCUCCGCAGGAAGUUCAGAGAGGAGAAAAAGGUUCUGGCCGAGCAGGAGGAGAAAGACAACGCUGUAAGGAUGAGAACAAACUUAUCCAUACCUCUCCUGCCUGAGAAAGAGGAGGACAAAAAACUGGCUGGACUACUAACUUUCCAGACACCUGACUCUUAUGAGGACAAAAAGCACAGCAAGCGGAAGGAGAUCGCCACUCGUUCGUGGUUUAAUACCUUGUCCUCGCCAGCAGGGGGUGCUGCAGGCAGUCUGCUUCAUAAGCUAAGCCUACAGGGGAAAGAGGCCGCCGUUGCCAAAGCCCUGGGUUCCUCACAGAGCCCCUUAAUUCGCAGACGCUCGAUCGGCUCUGGAGCUAAAAAUGAAGAGUGCGGUGCCAGAACCCAGGGAACAUCUCAGCGGGAAGUCGACAGACGCGAAGAAGAACCGGUAACGCAGACAGAAGAAGCCCGACGUGUUGGACCAACACACAGAGACGGGACAGUGGCAGUGAAUAAUAAUAACAACAACAGUUCAAAUGAGCUGUUUGCCAAAGUUGUAAAGGAAACAGAUGAAAGACUGGAUAAUGAGGUGGACUCUGGGCAGAAGGAACAAAACAAAAGUACCAGAGGAGUCACAUCUCUAGUUGCCGACUACAGCGACUCAGAUUCUGACUCCUGACUUUGAGGCGGAAUAAAAACCUAAAUGGAUUUUUUUUUUUU